AUGUCCAUUAAUGAAGAAUCAGCAAACCACAAAGACAAGGAGAAGAAGUCCAGAUGGAAGAUCUUCUCCUCCUCAAAGGACAAAGAUAAGAGCAAGGACAAAGAAAAGCACACCAGCCUGGAGCCUCCGGUACCCGACGUGGAGGCAAACUCGGGCGAUUCUACCUACGGCAGCAGUGAACCCAACAACUCCCUCACGACAGAAGCCGAGACGAGUGCCCCAAGGAGUGCCAGCAAUACCAACGCGGAGAUCCAGAACCCCUCGUCGUAUACCAGCCCCACCAUCAGACGAGAGACUCACACGAAUCCCAACACUGGGCAGACAAUAACCACGACUACAACAACGACAACCACCACUACGACGGUUAGCAAUGCCAACGGGACUGUGUCUACGAUCGAGGAGCCUCGUCCACCCUCCGAGCUGCCAACAGUCAGCAAUCAGGAUUUGCCACGCACAGCCACUCCCAGGCAGCCAGACCAGCAGCCAGACCGAGAGCCAACACCCCAGGACCAAACAAUGUUGACGCCAACGGGUCGACGACCGAGUGUCGAGACACCAGGACGUCGAGUUAUCCCUCCUCGCGAGCCAAUUCCCGUGCCGAGCCCCAUCGAGAACGUCCCAGUCAUCCCAGAACGCGAUGCAAGAAGAAAGUCCACCGAGAUCCAACCAAACAACACUGAAGGGCUGUAUCCAGCUCCCCUCAGCAGUCCUAGAUCCCCCGUCAACUUUUCCCACCCGUCACCAAAGUCGACGAUACAGAAUCUUAAAUGUGCAGCUGCCGGUAUCCACGGCGCCGGCGAAACCCUUCGUGGGACACUCAACUCGACCGUCGACAAGCGCUUUGGCUCAAAUCCACAAGCCAUGGAAAAGAACCAGGCAGCUAUCGAUAAAGGGCGGUACGAGAUUGAGAACAUGCGAUUCUUUCGCCCCAAUGAAUAUUGGCAGCAAGACCAUGAGAGCCGGCCGUACACGAAUGAAGCCCCGUACGUACAAGGUCCUCACAAUGAACCACCUGUGGUCGCGAGUUCAAGUACAGCAGAUACAGGGGAACCAUCACACCGCAGCAAGUUGGCAAAUUUCUUCAAAGGGUCGAGUCAUUCCUCUGGUCAAACUGAUAUGAACAACCCCUCAAAGUCGCCUCCACCUGAGAGAGCAAGGCUUAAGAAGAGGAGUAGCUCUAGAUUGGCCCAUGCUCGGCUGGGUGCUGUUGGUGAAUAG